AGUUGGGCUUCUUCAAGCGGCGAAGACGCCCCAACGCCGCGUCGCCUAACGGCGGCGGCAAGGGUCACGCGAACGGCGGCAGGAGCAGCCAUGGCAACGGGGGAAGCAACGGGGUCGACCGUGGUGGCACCAACGGCCGCUCUACGUACUACGGCUUCCACAACGUGCCGUACGCGCAACCUGGCGACGAGGCGUUGUGACUGAUUUCGCCGGCGGCCACGGGUGGCACCACCGUCACAUCACAGAACAAGAGUGAUGCAUCUACCAUCGACGACCAGAUAUGACGUCAUAUCGGCGUGGUGACCAGAUGUGACGUCACAUCGGCGUGGUGACGCGUGGCUGACCGGCGGAAGCAUUCGGGGAGUGGAUGGGAGCAAAGACUUCCGUCGGCGGUGGGGUGGGCAGGCCGGGUCCCCGAGAGCGGGCGAGCCCCAGCCAGGUGAUGUAUGGACACCGGACGGCCAGGCCGGUGGCGCCCGAGGCUCCAGCGGCCGCCCGGCGCCGAUGGCCCACCGCGGACGCCGCAGGAGCGCAGCGCACGUGGUCUCUGUGGGCCUUGCGUCCCUAUUCUGCGGUCUUAAGGACGUGCAUAGGUGUGAUAGAGCAGUGAUCUUUUAACAUGUUGCACGAAGGAAAGCCAGAAUGAUCUAGUCAAGCUGUUGCAACUGGUCCUUGCUUAGACGAUUGCCAGUUUUAACUUUAUGAUUGCGAUGGCGUUCUAGUGGGGAAUGUUCGCAAUGACGUACCACUCCUGCAGAGUUUAGUAAGUUUGUGUGGAUGCCACUUGUGAUGGAUCCACUCACUUCGCUCCAGAUCGGAAACAUCGGCAGCGUUUUUGCGAGGAGUGCUUCUGCGAUGACGUGGCGGAUGAAGUUCUGCAUAUAAGCUCAGAAUUUGUGUCUUCGAUUAAUACUUGCGUUGCUUCUGGUUUACCGAGGGUUUGUGUAAGCGUUACGAUCAUGAUACAUACGUCACGUGGAUCAUUGUUAGACCGUUAUCGUCUAUUUUACCGCCGACACAAUUCCUCCCAGAACAUUUUAUGAUACCAGUUGUUAAAUUACGAGGCCCGCAAGGUCGUGGAUUAUAGCCGGUGGAAAGAUGUGCCCAGUAUCGAUGGCCCUCCAUUCCCAUUUCUACAGGGCCGGUUUUGCAGCAUAGGCUGACCGAUUACGUCGUCAUAUAACGAGUGGGUGCACUAGAGCUUAUGGUCCGACACCAGGUCACAGAACGUAGAAGAGCUCAGAUGCUGACGGCUGGCGAGAACACACGUGGCUCCGAUGGCUCGCUUUGGAAUGUUUGUUAAGCUCUGAGGUCGCAAUGUCAUAAUGUCUGAGAAUGAGAACGCCUGUUGGCCGUUCUGUCCCUGGUGGGAGGAGUUGAUCUUCCGCAAUGAGCAUGCAGAUAUCUUCUGCGUCAGUCGAACUGCCAUGUGUAGGAAAUGUGCCAUGCUAAUUCUGUCACGCUGUUAAAGUAAUAUAUAGCCCAGA